AUGCGUGCCUUCACCACCAUUGUCGCGGCCCUCUUCGCCGCCGUCGCCUACGCCGACAACAAGGCUAAUGCCUUCUACAACCCAUCCGGUGGUUACCAGUUCACUGCUGGCGAGCCCACCACUCUGACCUGGAAGGCCGAUGCCGGUACCACCGUCACUUUGCGCCUGCAGUAUGGUGCGGUGACCACGUCCAACUCGGGCGAGGUUAUUGCCGCCAAUAUCCCCAACAGCGGCAGCUACACCUGGUCUGUCCCCGCCGAUAUCAUGGCCCAGCCCGACUACACCAUCGAGAUCAUCGAUGACCAGGACUCGUCCAACUACAACUUCCUGCCCCGCUUCGUCGUCGCCGGCGCCAGCACUACCCCGACCAGCUCUUCGUCUGCAUCUUCCUCCGCCACCAUGACCACCACCGUCUCUACCACCUCCACCAGCACCAACACCAACACCGUCACCGCCACCUCGUCCUCUGCGACCCCCAGCACCAUGACCACCGCGACCUCUUCUGCUGUGAGCUCCAGCUCGGCGGUCUCUUCUUCCACCGACGCUGCCUCCACCACCUCCGCCACCUCCACCGGUGAGAGUGCUUCCGUGCCUACCAGCAAUGCCGGUGUGGCCAACCGUGUCUCUGGCGGUCUGUUGGCCGUUGUGGCCGGUGCCGCGAUUAUGCUGUAA